AUGGACAACGUUGAGAUGUUGAACGCUGAGAUGCCAAACGCUGAGAUGCCAAAUGCUGGGAACCACAACCUUGGAGAUCAAAUGCCACCAAUUGUGGCAAUGGAGUUACCAGAGCUGCCAGCCGAACAGAAGCAACGCGCUGAACUUAAACUCAAUUUCUGCAUGGAUACGCUGAAGAACUUGAUGAUUUCAUGGGGAUUCACCAGCAAGCAAAGGGUCAACUAUGCAGUUUCCAAGUUUUUAAAUUGUAUCUCGCUCGAAAUUGUCAACGAGAGAGUCGACUAUGACAUUACGCUGGAGAUGCCAAACAACUACAAGAAUUAUCUUCUUUCCAACGAAUAUCUUCUUAAUGGAAAGUACAAAGCCAUCAAGGCAUGCGCACUGACCGAUGAGGAAUUCGAUGAUUACAUGAAGAAAAUGUGCUCUCUACUUCACGAGUUCAUGUACCAAGAAGGAGGAUCCAACAUCUUUGGGGAUGGAGAUGGAACUGAAAUGUUCAAAGACGAGUCUAUAAGCGACGAAGUAUCGGAGGAUGUGGAUGACGACAUUAAAAUCUUGCGAGUAGUCCGACUGAUCACCUACCACCGAAUUCUAGGAAACCAUCGUCCACGCCCAAGGCUUACACCUCACGGAGGAGGAUUCGUUCCAUUCUGGCAUAUGAUGGCUUAUAGAUUGGCAAAUAACCCCCUCACUGAUGAUGUCGUCUCGGAUCCAAGCCUUCUGCUCAGAAACAAUCCCCAUCCAAACGAUGGCAAGCCACGUUAUCAAGCAGAUCCUAAUAUUCGACGUGAGAAUAAUCUACCUCCAGCUCCUGUUCAUGAACAGCACCAUCCCUCACUUGCGCUUCCAAUGGAUGAAAUCUUCCGCAUUGCUGAGCGAAAUACUGCCGCUGCUCGUGCUCGUGAAGCUGCUGCUGCUGCUGCUGUACCUGAUGCCAAUGAUGAAAUGGAAGUGUACGGUCAACAUCCUCUUCUCAAUGAAGCCAUGGCAAUGCAGCGAUUGAAUUUGAUUGAUAAUAUAAUGGUUGGAGGAGAAUCAAGCACUGACGAUUCUGAUGUUGAGGAUGUCUUCGUGGUCAGCUCUGACAGUGAUAUGGAUGAAUUCGAAAGGAACGACGAUACCGAUGAAGAAGACUAA